GUGCCUGUUUGCUUGGUGCCGCUCUCCUGAUAAAUCACAACAAAGCUUCCAGAGGGAGAGGAAGGAUGGAAGGAGCCGCCACCCCUAUCACUAAAUCUGCAGCGGCCAAGUUAGUUAAGAGAAAUUUCCUUGAGGCUCUAAAGUCAAAUGACUUCGGAAAACUGAAGGCCAUUUUAAUCCAAAGGCUAAUAGAUGUGGACACAGUUUUUGAAGUUGAAGAUGAGAAUAUGGUUUUGGCAUCUUAUAAACAAGGUUAUUGGUUGCCUAGUUAUAAAUUAAAGUCUUCCUGGGCAACAGGCUUGCAUCUCUCUGUCUUAUUUGGUCACGUGGAAUGUCUUCUGGUGCUCCUGGACCACAACGCUACAAUCAACUGUAGACCCAACGGGAAAACCCCUCUUCAUGUGGCUUGUGAAAUGGCCAACUUGGAUUGUGUUAAGAUCCUCUGUGACCAUGGAGCAAAGCUCAAUUGCUACUCCUUAAGUGGACACACAGCUUUACACUUCUGUACAACUCCCAGCUCCAUUCUCUGUGCCAAGCAAUUAGUUUGGAGAGGGGCCAACGUGAACAUGAAGACCAACAAUCAGGAUGAGGAGACGCCCUUGCACACGGCUGCCCACUUCGGCCUCUCGGAGCUGGUGGCCUUCUACGUGGAGCACGGGGCCAUAGUGGACAGUGUGAACGCCCACAUGGAGACCCCGCUGGCUAUCGCCACCUACUGGGCCCUCCGCUUUAAAGAGCAGGAGUACAGCAGGGAGCACCACUUGAUCUGCCGCAUGCUGUUGGACUACAAGGCCGAGGUCAACGCCAGGGAUGAUGACUUCAAAUCCCCGCUGCACAAGGCCGCCUGGAACUGUGACCACGUGCUCAUGCACAUGAUGCUGGAGGCGGGGGCCGAAGCCAAUCUCAUGGAUAUCAAUGGCUGUGCUGCCAUCCAGUACGUGCUGAAGGUCACCUCUGUGCGCCCGGCGGCCCAGCCUGAGAUCUGCUACCAGCUCCUGUUGAACCAUGGGGCUGCCCGGAUAUACCCUCCACAGUUCCACAAGGUGAUACAGGCUUGCCAUUCUUGUCCCAGAGCAAUCGAAGUUGUAGUCAAUGCCUAUGAACACAUCAGGUGGAACGUAAAGUGGAAAAGAGCUAUCCCCGACGAUGACUUGGAGAGACACUGGGAUUUUUACCACUCUCUCUUCACUGUGUGCAGUAACUCUCCAAGGACUCUCAUGCAUUUAUCGAGAUGCGCCAUUCGAAGAACGUUGCACAACAGAUGUCACCGAGCAAUUCCUUUGCUGUCCCUCCCACUGUCAUUGAAAAAGUACUUGCUUUUGGAGCCAGAGGGAAUCAUUUAUUAAGCCUUAUGAGACCGAAGUUCCCAAUCCUAGAUAUUUAAGUGGACUCACCGGGUAGACACAGUUUGCAUAAAUAAAAUGGUACUUGGGUUGAUUAUAACACUUCAGGGAUUUCAAAACACUUGACAAACUCUAUGUCAUUAAUCCUAGGGUAUCAGCGUGAGGGGAAAUAAACAAGCAGUAAAGUUAAGGAAUUCUCAAAGACAAGAAUGUAUCCAGAAGGUACUGACAAGCAGUAAUGACUAAUGUGUAUAGUGUUUUUCCUCGGUGCCUGAUAUAUUUUUGUAAAACUUUUCAUAUAUCAUCUCAUUUGAAAUGGGACCCGGCUUUUCUUACAACCAAUCUCAUUCUCUCCCUUCUCAGUAAUAGGUUUACAUUACUGUUCAGUUGGCGAAAUCAUAGACUUUGUGAUUGGCCUCUUAAUCUCAGUGGCUUCCCCCAAACUCCCCUCCCACCACGGUUACCACUUAGCAGAGAUUAUGGUCACUAGUUUUGCAAACCUCUGUCCCCACUCUAAGCUCUUUAACUUAUUUUUGGUGAAGAGAGCAUAUGAGCCUCAUCAAAACAAGGAGAUCUUUGAGUUAAAGGAGAAAUGAAAAACAAAGACCAGUCCACUUAGUAGCCAAAAAAUGGACAUUUCAACAUACGCUCGUUGAGCCAUAGACUGGAGAUGCAACGGGGAGUCUACAGCGAGGACUCCUGCCCUCCAGAAUCUCACCAUUUAGCAGAGGAUCCGGACAUACAAGCAGGAAACUGCAAUGUCAAAUGUCAGGGGUAACAAUACAGGGUGCAAACUCAUUUUUAGUGUUUCUGUUUCAAAGUCGUGUUUCUGACCCGAAGCGUGAUUUUCCUUUUAAGCAUGAACAUGAAAGAGUGAAGGGAAUUGCGUGACAUAGAGGGAGGCCCCGCUGCUGUUAGUGUAAAUGUAGGACUUUCAGUUUCUCUGAACAUCUAGAAACUCUUUGAUUUUACUAUGAUUUCCUGUUUAGUAAAAAUAUUGGGAAAAAAUAUUGCACACUCAAUGGCUCCUAUGUAUGUGACAAGAAAGUUGAGUAAGAUGUGUACAAGGAAGUGUGUGAAGGGAAGCCCUUCAGUUGAUGACUUGGUCUCAUUGUGUAAUAGACUGACAUUUCAGAGCAUUUUAGCUGGAAGAUAAGGAGCACUUUGCGAGCGAUGGCUGGCUACUGAAAGAGCAAAAGAAAGACUCUGAAAAUGGUUAAAGUUGAAGAAACUUGGAAAGAUAAGUGUGUCUAUCAGGCUUGUUAGUUAGUGGUUUGCAGAAAGUGAAACCUAGAUGAUUAACCUCUGGACCUCAGGGUUGAUGAGGCCAACUUUGCUUCGCCUUUUUGUUCUUGCCAAUCACUUUUAGGUGAGCUCAUUGCCUCUUAGCGUCGCUUUUUUAGAAGUUAGAGCAGAAGUAAUUAAGUACAAACCAAUCCAUUUGCCAGUUGUGAGCAGGUUUCUUUUAUUUGUGUGGUUCUUCAUCUUUUUUUUCUUUUUUCUUGUGAGAGAGAGCACA